AUGGCAAGAAACUCUCAAACCGAACAGACGGUCUUCUUUCUUCUUUUAUUCUUGGCAAUAAUAUUUGAAACUUCCCAUGCUGGUGGCAUCGCCAUCUAUUGGGGCCAGAAUGGCAACGAGGGCACCCUGACCGCAACCUGUGCCACGGGCAGGUAUACCUACGUUAACAUAGCCUUCCUUUACAAAUUUGGCAAUGGUCAAAGCCCUGAAAUCAACCUAGCUGGUCACUGUAAUCCAGCAUCCAAUGGUUGUACCGGUGUUAGCAACGACAUAAGAAGCUGUCAAAGCCAAGGAAUCAAGGUCAUGCUCUCAAUUGGAGGCGGUGCUGGCAGCUACUCUCUGGCUUCACAAGCAGACGCCAAAAAUGUAGCCGAUUAUCUAUGGAACAAUUUUUUGGGUGGUCAAUCCUCUUCCCGUCCACUAGGCGACGCAGUGUUGGACGGCAUUGAUUUUGAUAUAGAGCUUGGCUCAACCCAAUAUUGGGAUGAUCUUGCUCUUUAUCUAUCAGCCUACAGCAACCAGGGAAGGAAGGUGUAUUUAACAGCUGCUCCCCAGUGUCCAUUUCCUGACAGUUUUUUGGGGACUGCCCUUAAUACGGGCCUCUUUGACUAUGUUCGGAUUCAGUUUUAUAACAAUCCCCCUUGCCAAUACACUUCAGGCAACACUAACAACCUUGUCAACUCAUGGAACCAGUGGACUUCAUCCAUAAAAGCAGGGAAUAUAUUUUUGGGGUUACCGGCAGCACCAGCAGCGGCUGGAAGUGGGUAUAUUCCACCGAAUGUGUUAACUUCUCAAAUACUUCCGGUGAUUAGGAGCUCAGCUAAGUAUGGAGGUGUUAUGCUUUGGUCUAAGUUCUAUGAUGAUCAGAACGGUUACAGUGCCUCCAUUGUGAAUAGCGUGUGAUCAAGUCAUACUUGGUGGUGUACUCUCUUUUAAGACAGACUUUAGCUUGGUCUUCUCUAAUAAAUAAAUAACUAUAAUAAAUUGAGAGAUGUCCUUAUCAGUUUCCAUGAUUUAAGUAAUGAUUGAUUCUCCUCAUCGAAUUAAAGAAAUGAGCAUGAACAACUUGCCUUUGUCCUUGUCUUUGUCUUUGCCUUUGUCUUAGUCUUACGCUCUCUACAACUUGGGCAGUGGUGUCUGAAGAGGGUGCCGUUGAUGGAAAUAUUUGGUCUGGGCUACGGUCCGGU